CUUCCAAUCCAGGAAUGAGAUGUGUUGUUUUUGUCUUUCCUCGGUCACCGUUUGUACUUUGUGGGAGUUUAUGUGACAUCUCUACCCUGUUGAGUUGUACAGAACAAGUGCCUCUUCCCCUCCCCUCCCCUCCCCUCCCCUCCCCUCCCCUCCCCUCCCUCCCCUCCCUCCCUCCCUCCCUCCCUCCCUCCCUCCCUCCCUCCCUCCCUCCCUCCCUCCCUCUCCCCCCCCCCCUCUCUCUCUCCAGGGUCUCAUGUAGUUGAGGCCUAAGUACUUGAACAUCUUGAACCUUGUGACCCACCUAACUGCCUUCCAGGUGCUGGAAUUACGGGUAUGUGGUAAUUCACUUUGGUUUUAGAUGCUCCCAUAAUUUCCACAGUAAAAGGGCAAGAGCUGUAGGAGUGAGCAGACAGGAAAAAACACGAGUUUAGCCAUCAGUGGAAUGGCAGGAGAAAAGCAAAAUGGUAACAGAGGCUCUCAAAUGCUUCCAUACAAAUGCUUCAAUUCAUAUUUGAAGCAAGUAAGAGGGCCUCCAGCGCCAGCCAAGACCAUCAGCCAUAGCAAAGGAAAAGUUUGGGCAGCAGGAAUAACUCAUUAGUACUAUACAAAGAGGCAACGUGGACAGUUAGGCACAAAGGGCCUCCACUGGUGUCUGGUACGUUGCCUGAUUCCUCGGUAGAUCACUACACUGACAUAAAACACAGCUUUCACCUCAAGGCUUAAAAAAAAAAAGGUUUAUUCUGAAUCUUAUAUGAGUGACUAUGGCCCAGGAACAGAUUCAAGUUCCCCCAUGAAAGUUAGGUACAUAAGCAUUCUGAAGAAAGGAGAGUCAUAAAUCAAGGCUUUUGCCAAAGAUUAGUGAGAACGUCAGGCAAGUAGAUUACAGCAAAAUAGGGAAUGUUGUGGCAAUCAUGAUAGCCCAUGGCAUGAGAGAAUAAAGAGCAGACAGUGUGAACAGCAGCAGAACAGGCAAAAUAAGAGGAAGAAGGGGAGAGAGAAGACAGAAGAAAAACUGAGAUAUAGAGAUAGAUAGAAGUUGCCCCACAUCCCUCAGAAGGAAUGGGGUCCUUUGGAGCAGUUUAGAGAAGUUACCUGGGCCGGGGUUGGAGGUGCAUGCUCUAACCACAGAGCCUGGGACAAGUGACAUGCAUAUCUCAUGAGUUGGUGACAGCCUGGUCUCUACAGCAAAUCCCAGACCAGCCAGGGAUACACAAUAAGAAGGGUAUGCGUGUCUGGCCAUGCUCCCUGCGCCAUUUGACAGUAGGGUCUUAUUUGAGCAGAUUUUAGUGAGCAAAUCUUAAAAUUCCAUUUGUCCUCUCUGAGAUUGGCAACUUGGUGUUGUGUCAUCAGGAGUUAGUCUUUAACUGAAUAAGGCCUCACAAUUCUGGGCCAGGUUACAGUGUCCCUGCUAGAAAGUGGGAAUUUUGCUUAUGUUUGACCUUUUGUCCCCCUUUCUCUUUUUGUAUCUCUAAUAGAGAAAUAUUUCCUAUAAGUUUUAAAAGAUAUUUUUUUAAAAGUUUUUAUUUUUAAAGGUAAGAAUUCUACAUUGUAGCUCAGACUGCUUCCAAACUCUUAUCUUCCUUGCCUCCAGCUCUAGCGUGCUGGCUAGGCAUGCAUCACCACACCUGUCUGUCUUGAUAUCUUUUAUGACAGGGGCCUCACCUAGGUCAGGCUGCUCUCAGAUUUUCUGUGUAGACUGUUUCUAUGUGGCUGAUGAGGCUGGCCGUGAAUGCUGCAUGUCUGCACUUCAUUGCUAUGGGUCACCACACUGGGAGACCUGGUGUAGAUUUUGAUGCAAGCAGAGGACAUUCUUUGCUUUUAGGUUGGGGGAAGCUAUGAUCUGCUUAGAACACAUCCCAAAGGUUUUACCUGAUAGAAGGAGCUUAGAUGGAGAUGGUACAAUUGGCUGUCAAGGAGACGAAAGACAGACAGUAACUCUGGCUCUGCGUCUGCAUCUUUCUUUCCAUUUCACUGUUUGUUUGUAUUUCCAUUUGUUCUUGCCAGUGGUGUGUGUGUGUGUGUGUGUGUGUGUGUGUGUGUGUGUGUGUGUGUAUGGUUAUAACUUGUCUAGUUAGGCAGAUCGCUCCAGGAUCCAGUUUCCACCUUCUGUGGUUGGAAUUAAUUGCACAUGGGCCACUAUCCUCAUGUAACAUUUUUACAUGGGUUCUGGGGAUCUGAGUUUCUGUGUUGAUGCUUGCUUAGCAAGCACCUUAACCACUGGUCCAUCUCCCUAGAUCCUUUUGUAUAGUUAAUACAUUAGCUAAUCAGCCUCUCAGACUCUUCCCACAGGUGAGUGGGCUUUUUUCCCCCUGGAACUUCAGUUCCCUUGUGCAAUGAGAUCACUGAGAUAUAGCAGUAAGUUAUGCAACACAGAGGGAGGUAGGCAACUCGUUAUAUUAGUAAGUACUUUAGUGUGUAUUGAGUGUGACAACUAGAUUGCUGAAGAAUCAGUAGGAGAUACCAGUUUUGUUUUGUUUUAAACAGAUUUUAAACAUUUUAUUUAUGAGUACACGUUAGCUGUCUUCAGACACACCAAAAGAGGGCAUUGGAUGCCAUUACAGAUGGUUGUGAGUCACUAUGUAGUUGCUGGGAAUUGAACUCAGGACCUCUGGAAGAGCAGUGAGUGCUGUUAAUCCCUGAGCCAUCUCUCCAGCCCAGAGAUGCCAGUUUUGAAAUGCUAGUGUAGAUACUUGUUUCUAUGUGUAGUAGGCCUUUGUUUUAUACAAGGGGUCACUCUAGCCAGCAAGCAUAGGGGAUAGUUUAGCACCUUGAGAUUUUUAUUCGGUUUGAGCUAUAAACUCAUGCUCCUUUUUUAAUAAUGCAUUUGACAGCUUGAGACCCUUACCUGGACAUAUUAUACACAUAUACAUACACCUUUCUGAAAAAUGCAUCUAGGUACCUGUUAGCAACUUAGGGGACCUACUCCAUGUGCACACACCCCACUUCAAACAAGAAAAGUGGUCUCUUCUUCCACUAACGACUAUCUAUUUGAACAUGUUCCCAGUGUAUCUAGAUAGGAAGGAAGGAGAACUUAUUUGUCUAGUUGAUUUUUGGGGGGAGGGGAUCAGUAAUAAGGCAACCCGUGUCCUCAAACUUUAAAAAGAAGAUCCUAUCGUCUGUCGUCUGUCUGUACGCAAUUGGGUGUGCCUAUGAUUAAAGUCAGAUGCACUAGGGAUAGGACAUGCUCAGUAAGAAAGGCCUAUAUUACUUAAGGGUGUUAAUCAAAGGAAAGGAAACACCCAAACUGCAUCCCUCAGCAACCAAACUCCUCAAACCCCAUAGAAGGAAGCCCUAAGCAAUGCUCAGGAUGCUUGGGUACCCUCCCUCAUGUGGCCCACUGCCUAUCUUGGUAAUUCUUUCUUUCUGUUCUAUACUAGACUUUGAGUAAAGUCUCCUUGCUACAUUACAAGGUUUAUUUCAGUUCUGUGAGUAAAAGGUCAAAACGCUGGCAGCAGCUAGGCCAGACUCUAACUGCCAGUAACACUUACUGAGCCUUUUCUGGCCCUGAACUCCUUCAUGUUAACCAGGCUGGCCUCAAGGUUUACAGGGGUCCUCCUGUCUCUGGUUCCAGGAAGUUGGGGUUUCAGGUAUGAACCACUUUGUACCUUAGACGGAUUUGAAAAAUGCUUUGUGGCCCAGGCUAACCUCAAAUGUAUAGCAGUGCUCUUACCUCAGGUUCCUCUGAGUGCUGUAACUACUGGUCUGUACCACCCAGCCUAGUUAAGUGUAAUGUAAAUAGUUCCUUUUACUGUUGUUCUGCUUCUUAGAGACAGUUUCACUAAGCAUUCCUGGGUGUCCUGGAACUAGUAGACCAGGUCGGCUUCGAACACUUGCGGCGAUCCACUUGCCUUAGCCUCUAGAGCACCAGAAUCAAAGGUGUGUGCCACAAAGCCUGGCUAAGUGUAAGUCAUUCUAAAAUGAGAUACAGAGGGGGGAGCCGGGCGUGGGAGGCAGAGGCAGGCGGAUUUCUGAGUUGGAGGCCAACAUGGUAGAAGGAGCUUAGAAAAAAAAAAAGAAAAAAAGAAAUAAAGGGGAGAACUGAUGUUGCCCAAAAGUUAAUUCUUCCACUUCCUCCCCCAGCUACUGCUGGCCUCCUCUUCCAGUAGAGAUUUAAAUAAUAAUGAAAGACUUCAGUGGACAUUUAGGAACCCUGGAGAACGGAAUGUUAAUCCUAGAUUCCUGGAGGUAGGCUUCCGGGAUUUCUAUCCGGAAGAGAAAAUAAGGCAGUGAAAAUGGUAAUUCAUAUACUAGAUUUGAAUUUUUUUUUUUUUUUUUUUUUGGUUUUUCGAGACAGGAUUUCUCUGUGUAGCCCUGGCUGUCCUGGAACUCACUCUGUAGACCAGGCUGGCCUCGAACUCAGAAAUCUGCCUGCCUCUGCCUCCCAAGUGCUGGGAUUAAAGUUGAGCGCCACCACCGCCCGGCUCAGAGAUGGAGUUAUAGGCACAGGCACAUGCACAUGCUCGGAACCAAACUCAGGUGGUGUGCAGGAGCCGUAAGUGCUUCCAGUGGCUGUAGUUUCUGCCUAGGUUACUCUUACCCUGGGCUGAUUGGCUUUUUGACAUUUCUUUGCUUGUCAUUUUCCUCAACCCCCAGGUAUCCAAUUACCUAGUCUUAAAGAUCUGCCAGUUCUCCCAUUACUCUAUUCUGUUUCCGGUUCUGGAGUUUAAGAGACCUAUGCAUAAGGAUUUAGAAGUUCUGGUUCAUUGCUGUAUAUUUUCUGUUGUUCUGGAGGCAUUUACACAGAGGCCUUGAAAGCAGAGAGCUGGUGCUUUUCUUAGCCAUUGCUAGUAUUUAGUCUACACAGCAGCCAAGAUGAGUCAGGAAAUUAAUGUAGCAAUGUAGCAGAUGUCUGUUCUGUGAGAACCAAAUGAAUUUGCACUGUGCUCCAACUCUUGUUCUGGACAAAUCAACCUGCUCUUCCUAAAGACCUAGAAGGGAAGCCGACCAUCAAGGCAUGGUUGCAUACAUUGGCACGUGGGAGGCAGAGGCAGGUGGGGCUCUAUGAGUUCAAGGGUGGCAUAAUCUACAUAGCAAGUUCUAGACCAGGGGGGGAGGAGCGCAGCAUAGUGAGACCCUGUCGCAAAUAAAAUCUUAUUUUUUAAAAUAGAGGAUCCCCCCGAAGGUGGUUAUGGUAAAGCCAUGUCUUUUUCUCUUAAAUUUUUCUUUACAUUUUUAUUUAGUGUGCAUAUUUAGAGGUGUGUGGGUAGGCUUACAAAUGCGACUUGGUACUCAUAGAGAUUAACGGACAAUUUGCAGGACUUUUCUUCUCCGUGCGUAAAGCAUUGCAGAAAAGGAAUUGAAACCUAAGCAAAACGGCCACGAGAAAAACCCUUCAGCACCCACUCUUAUUAGCGGUCUAUUUGUUUUCUGAAAAAAAAAAAAUUUUUUUUUUUUUUUAAAGAUUCAUGUACUCCAGGGCUCCAGGGUGUCUGUAAACCAAGGAUCACUGACCUUCCAAAAGUCCUAAUCCUGUGCCUGGACCUCCACUGCGCGAGAUGACAAGGGAGCCUUUCCCUGUGGGCAGGCAUUACACCAACUCCGCUACACCUACAGACCUUGUUCUCUCCUCCGUUCCUCUCAGUCAGUUUAUCACUCGCUAUUUUAUCCUAAAUACUUUUUCCCCCCUGAACUAGCUAUAAUCUUAAUUUCUCAUCUUUCUUCUUACUCACAAACCACUCCUCAGAGUUAUUUGGAAAGGAAGUUUACGAAAAACCGCGAACUACAACUGGUCAGGGUCCAGCGAGCUUGGCCGUUUUUGACACCCUAACAUCGACCUUCACCUACCGAAAGGACAGGUAUUGGGGGCGUUCAAACAAUCCAGUGUGUGAAGAGGUCUUGCACCCGCCGAACAACUCGGGACCAUCAUUAAAUAAGAAAGGGGCGAUCGGGGCCACUACGGUCUGCGGCGCCUCUGUGACCACGGGCGACAUUCAAGGCUGGAGCUAGCUACACCCCCUUUGCCUGGGUCCAGGUAAAGGCUUAACGCAUCCCUCCUGGGGAGAGGCGGAAAGCAAAGCCAAGCGCGUCCAAAUCUCGUGAGCCGAGGUCUGCAGCGGGCGGGGAGCCCGAAGUCUCGCGAGACCACCGGGUUUUCCCGCGAAAGAGAAGCGCGCGAAUUUCUUGCGCCGCGGGGCGAGCGAGCCGGCGGGGUGUGAGGAUUUAGCUCGCGGCGUUUGAGGCGACUGGGUCCCCGGCCGGUGUCCAGCCGUGCCUGCGGAGCCGCCCGCGAGCAGCAGCGGUGAGCCGGCGGCGUGAAGGCUGCACCCCGGGGAGGGAGCUCGCCGGGGUCCGGGCUGAGGAGGGGAAAAGGCGUGAGGAGCCGCCGGCGGCGACCUGGUCUGCUUGGUGGCACGGAAGCGUUCCCCCACGUCUCCCUUACAGGGUCCUUGGCUCCAGAGAUGGCCGAACAAACGGAGCCUGCGGUGAUUACUCCAGCCAUGCUGGAGGAGGAGGAACAGCUCGAGGCUGCGGGACUUGAGAAAGAGCGGAAGAUGUUAGAAGAGGCUCAAAAGUCUUGGGACAGAGAGUCCACUGAAAUUCGGUACCGCAGACUUCAGCAUUUGCUUGAAAAAAGCAAUAUCUACUCAAAAUUUUUGUUGACUAAAAUGGAACAACAGCAAUUGGAGGAACAGAAGAAGAAAGAGAAGUUGGAGAAAAAAAAACGGUCAUUAAAACUUACAGAGGGUAAAAGUUUAGUUGAUGGGAAUGGAGAGAAACCAGUCAUGAAAAAGAAAAGAGGAAGAGAAGAUGAAUCUUAUAAUAUUUCAGAGGUCAUGUCAAAAGAGGAAAUUUUGUCCGUAGCUAAAAAACAUAAGGAUAAUGAGGAUGAAAGCUCUUCCACUACGAGUCUUUGUGUAGAAGAUAUUCAGAAAAAUAAGGAUUCAAAUAGUAUGAUUAAAGAUAGAUUGUCUCAAACUGUUAGGCAGAAUUCUAAAUUCUUUUUUGACCCAGUUCGGAAAUGUAACGGACAGCCUGUACCCUUUCAACAACCAAAGCAUUUCACAGGAGGAGUAAUGAGGUGGUACCAAGUAGAAGGCAUGGAAUGGCUUAGGAUGCUUUGGGAAAAUGGAAUUAAUGGCAUUUUAGCAGAUGAAAUGGGUUUGGGAAAGACUGUUCAGUGCAUUGCUACAAUUGCAUUGAUGAUUCAGAGGGGAGUACCUGGACCUUUUCUUGUUUGUGGCCCUUUGUCUACACUUCCUAACUGGAUGGCUGAAUUUAAAAGAUUUACUCCAGAAAUUCCUACUCUGCUGUAUCAUGGAACCCGGGAGGACCGUCGGAAAUUAGUAAAGAAUAUCCACAAAAGACAAGGGACACUGCAGAUUCAUCCUGUGGUGGUCACAUCAUUCGAGAUCGCUAUGCGAGACCAGAAUGCUUUACAGCAUUGCUAUUGGAAAUACUUAAUAGUAGAUGAAGGACACAGGAUUAAGAAUAUGAAGUGCCGGCUAAUCAGGGAGUUAAAACGGUUCAAUGCUGAUAACAAACUUCUUUUGACUGGUACUCCCUUGCAAAACAAUUUAUCAGAACUUUGGUCAUUGCUAAACUUUUUGUUGCCAGAUGUAUUUGAUGACUUGAAAAGCUUUGAGUCUUGGUUUGAUAUCACUAGUCUUUCUGAAACUGCUGAAGAUAUUAUAGCUAAAGAGAGAGAACAGAAUGUUUUACAUAUGCUGCACCAGAUUUUAACGCCUUUCCUACUGAGAAGACUGAAGUCUGAUGUUGCUCUUGAAGUCCCCCCUAAGCGAGAAGUAGUUGUUUAUGCACCACUUUGCAAUAAACAAGAGAUCUUCUAUACAGCUAUUGUGAACCGCACAAUUGCAAACAUGUUUGGAUCCUGUGAGAAGGAAACAGUUGAGCUAAGUCCUACUGGAAGACCAAAACGACGAAGUAGAAAGUCAAUAAAUUACAGCGAACUAGAUCAGUUCCCUAGUGAAUUAGAAAAACUAAUAAGUCAAAUACAGCCAGAAGUAAACAGAGAGAGGACUGUUGUGGAAGGUAAUAUCCCUAUAGAAUCUGAAGUUAAUCUGAAGCUGCGGAAUAUAAUGAUGCUACUUCGAAAGUGCUGUAAUCACCCAUAUAUGAUUGAAUAUCCUAUUGACCCUGUCACACAAGAAUUUAAGAUUGAUGAAGAGUUGGUAACAAAUUCUGGGAAGUUCUUAAUUUUGGAUCGAAUGCUGCCCGAACUUAAAAAAAGAGGUCACAAGGUUCUGGUGUUUUCACAAAUGACAAGCAUGUUGGACAUCUUGAUGGAUUAUUGCCAUCUUAGAAACUUCAUCUUUAGCAGACUUGAUGGGUCCAUGUCUUAUUCGGAAAGAGAAAAAAAUAUAUACAGUUUCAACACGGAUCCAGAUGUUUUUCUUUUCUUAGUGAGUACACGAGCUGGUGGUUUAGGCAUAAACUUGACUGCAGCAGAUACAGUGAUCAUUUAUGACAGUGAUUGGAAUCCUCAGUCUGAUCUCCAGGCUCAAGAUAGAUGUCAUAGAAUUGGUCAGACAAAGCCAGUUGUUGUGUAUCGUCUUGUAACAGCAAAUACUAUUGACCAGAAAAUUGUGGAAAGAGCAGCUGCUAAAAGAAAGUUGGAGAAGUUGAUAAUCCAUAAAAAUCAUUUCAAAGGUGGUCAGUCUGGGUUAAGUCAAUCUAAGAAUUUCUUAGAUGCAAAGGAAUUAAUGGAGUUAUUAAAAUCUAGAGAUUAUGAAAGGGAAGUAAAAGGAUCCAGAGAGAAGGUCAUUAGUGACGAAGAUCUAGAAUUACUGUUGGAUCGAAGUGAUCUCAUUGAUCAAAUGAAGGCUUCAAGACCAAUUAAAGGGAAGACAGGGAUAUUCAAAAUACUAGAAAAUUCUGAAGAUUCCAGUGCUGAAUGUUUAUUUUAAUGUAGAACUAAAUGGCUUUUAAAAACUUUGGUUUACAUCCAUUCUGGUAAUUUGCCUGUUGGCUUUGAAAUCCAUAUUGUUCACUUUACUUUUAUAAUAUAUCAGUUUUUAUAAUGUAACUAGUAUUGCAUACUUGAUGAAAAUUUUGUGGAUUUUACUUAGUAUAAAAUUCCUAUAAAUUUAAAUUUUUCAGUUAGUUUUUGGGACUGGGUAGUACUUCUGAGUUUGUUAUUAUGUACUUAACCAUUGCCAAGUUUAUCAGUCUUCCUGUGGAAGUUUAGUGUCUCCCCCACCCCCUUUAGUAAUGUAAUUCAUGGGAUUUGGACUUCAGUUAUGGAGUAGGCGUCUGAUAGGGGGAGAUUGAUUGAAACUGUACUUUCUGUUGCUGAAGUAAAGUUUUUGAUUUUUGGGUCAAUAAUUUGACUUACCAAAUAAAUGUUUAUUAUAAUAUGAUCUGGUCACAUUAUUUUUUCAGGAAACUAGUAAUUUAUUUAAAUUAGUAAGCCUUAUUUAAUAUUAGGAUUCAACAAUAUUGUCUGAACUGACUUCGUUCUUUUGUAAGGAUGUCAUAUAAAGAUUUUAGCAGGAAGGCGCAAAGAAAAUGUAAGAUAUUGAUGAAAAAACAGAAUUUAGGAGUGAUAUAUUGUACUAAGGAAGAAUGGAGGUUGAAUGGAGAAUUUAUAGAAGGGAUGCGGAUACAACCAGAGCGAUAUGCAUAAGAAACUCAGGAUACAAAUUAAGGGAGCAUACCAGCCACAAAGAGAACAAUCAAGGCCCUGCCCAGGAGAUUAUAUGACAGUGAAGAAGAAAUCCUGAGUUUACCUUACCUAGGAGAGGGGAUAUAUUCAACAACCCAUUUAUUUAUUUAUUUCCUUUAAAAAAUAUUUUUAUGUGUACAUGUAUUGUUUGAUUCCCCUGGAGCUAGAGUUAUAGUAGGUUAUUAGCUUCCUGACAUUGUUGCUGAGAAACAAACACAAGUCCUUUGGAAGAGCACUGCUGAGCUGUCUUUUUAGCCCCUGAAACAUUUAUCUGCUUACUGAUUGUCCUGUGGGAAAUUGUUCUACUUUAUGACUGGGGGGAUCAAGACAGGUUUCUCUGUAGUCCUUGAACUCAUUCUGUAGAUCAGGCUGGGUUAGGACUUUUCAAGAUCUAUUUGCUUCUGCCUUCCAAGUGCUGACAGUAAAUGCGUGCACCACUACCACCAGGCUAAUCUUGAACAGAGUCAUCCUUUCCUUUCUGGGGUAACAGCUCUUGGGAGGCAUCCAUAUUUAGUGUUAAGGAACCCAGAGCCUUGUACCUGCUAGACAAGUACUUGACUGUUCUUAGACUUCUUUAACUCGUUUUGAGAGAGUGUUUUAGGUUGCCCAGGUUGUCCUUUGUUAAUAUCUCCUUGUCUUUGUCUACUUAGCUAGGAUCAUAGUACAUACCAUACUCAGCUUGUUUAGUUUAAUAGUUACUCUCUGGAGUCAAUAGAAGAUUUGCAUGUCAGAAAAGUGUAUCACAGGAACUAAUAUAAUUUUGUGAUUGUUAACAUGGGCUCUGUAGUCAGUUCUGGGAUCAUAUUUUAAUGUGAUCUUUGGGAAAUGAAUGACCUAGUAGCUAUAGUUUCCUGCAAACUGUAGAAACCAUAAGUCUAGGCAUUGGUGUAAGGAUUAAGUUAUAUGUAAUACAGCUGCAAAAUAAAAUUUUCUUUCAUCUCAGAAGGGGGAUAGUAAAUAUAUAUCUAUCUCUUAGGAUGCUGCCCUUUAACAUGUCAGCUGGAGUCUUUUGAAGAGAUUGUAUGCUUAAAGUUUUCUUUUCUUUCUUACACUGUAGCUGUCUUUAGACACCAGAAGAGGGCAUCAGAUCUCAUUACAGAUGGCUGUGAGCCACCAUGUGGUUGCUGGGAAUUGAACUCAGGACCUCUGGAAGAGCAGUCAGUGCUCAGAACCUCUGAGCCAUCUCUCCAGCCCAUUUUGGUUUUUCAUUUGGUUAGUCUUGCUGUAGUUUUGCCUAUAUAAUCUACACCAGAAUCAGCUUCAAGUUUUGUUAUUUCUAUGAUCAUAUUCCAUUGUUUCAUGUAUUCAUUUUAUUAUUUUCUUUAAACUAUGUUAGAUAAUAUAAAUAACUGAGUUUUCAGUGUUGAUUAUUUACAUAUUUAAAGAUGUUAUUUUCUCUAUUCCUUUAGACAUUCCAUAAACUUUGUGGGUUAUAUUUUCACAGUUAUUUAUCUGUUUCCUAAAUUUUCCUGUUAAACCAAGGAUUUCUUAGAUACUUAUCUUGCAGGUAUAUUACUUUUAAAAGUUAUUGUUACCAUUUACCUACAUUGUGUUAUUUUCAGAAAACAUUAUUAGUGUGAUGCUCAGUGCAUUGUAUUGCUUGCUUGUUUAUUGCUUCUGUGACAGGGUCUCCUGGGCUGGCUUCACAUUUGCCAAGAAUGACCCUGAACUACCGACCCUCCUGCCUCCACCCAUCAAGUGCAGGCAUUGCAGGCUUGCUCCACCACACAUGUAUGGUGUUAACUUUUAGAUGAUUCACUUUCUUUUUGACUUAGUACAUGAUCAGUUUUGUGAAUGUCUUCAUUUAUACUUGAAAAAAUAUACUUUUUUUGAUUAUUGCUUUACAAAUUGUUUUAUUCUUUAAUAAAUAUCCAUAAUUGCUUAA